AAAAAAAGCAAAAAAAAAUGAAAGAAAAUAGUGAUGUCAAUGAAGAAGCCUCAUCAUGUCCAUCAACUAAAAUUGACAAAGAAAUAUCAAAUGGCAAUGUUGAUGAUAGAAAAAAAAUGAAUCAACCAACAAGUACAGUUAAUAACAUUGAGUUUUCAUCAUUACAAGGUGUUAUAUCUGAUAAUACUUUGCGUGCUAUUAAUGACAUGGGGUUCAAAGAUAUGACUAAAAUUCAAGCAAGAUCAUUAGCACAUUUACUCGAGGGUAAAGAUCUUCUUGGUGCUGCAAAAACUGGAUCUGGUAAAACACUUGCAUUUUUAAUUCCAGCAAUUGAAAUGAUUGUUAAAAAAAAAUUUACACAAAAUGACGGUACUGGAUGUAUGAUUAUAUCACCAACACGUGAAUUAGCAAGCCAAAUAUAUGGUGAUAUAGAAAAAUUAAUGAAAUAUCAUUCACAAACAUAUGGAUUAUUUAUGGGUGGUAAUAGUGAGAGACGUUUAGAAGCACAAAAAUUAACAGAUGGUGUUAAUAUUAUUGUUGCAACACCUGGACGUCUUCUUGAUCAUCUUCAGGAUGCUAAAAAUUUUAAAUUUAAAAAUUUAAAAUGUCUUAUUAUUGAUGAAGCUGAUAGAAUUUUAGCUCAAGGUUUUGAGGAUACACUUAAAAAAAUUAUUAAAAUUUUACCAAAAAAAAGACAAACAAUGAUGUUUAGUGCAACACAUACAGAAAAAUUAAAAGCAUUAAAAUCAUUUGCUCUUAAAGAUGAACCAAUUUAUGUUGGUGUUGAUGAUGAUGAAGAUGAAGCAACUGCUGAUGGACUUGAUCAACAUUGGAUUGAAUGUCCAAUUGAUAAAAGAUUAUUAUUGUUAAUUAGAUUUAUUCAAUUAUAUGGUAAAAAAAAAGUCAUGGUAUUUUUUAAUUCACGUAUGUCUGUUGAAUUUCAUGAAAAAUUUUUUACUAAAAUGGAAAUACCUGUUAUGAGUAUUCAUGGUGAUCAAAAACAAACGAAACGUAGCACAACAAUGGAUAAAUUUAGUGAAGCGAAAUUUGGAGUACUUUUUUGUACUGAUGUUGCUGCAAGAGGUCUUCAUAUUCCAAAUGUCGAUUGGGUUGUUCAGUAUGAUCCUCCAGAUGGUCCAAAAGAAUAUAUUCAUAGAGUUGGACGAACAGCACGUGGAGAAGGUACAACUGGUAAUGCACUUCUUAUUCUUCAACCACAUGAAAAAACGUAUCUUGUUGAGCUUGAAAAUGCUCGUGUUCCAGUUACUGAAUUUAAUAUUAAUUGGAAAAAACUUCCAGUAGUUCAAAUUCAAGAAGCCCUGGAACAAUUUAUAGAUGGAAGUUAUGAAUUCAAAAAUUUGGCUAAAAAUGCAUUUAUAGCAUAUAUACGUGCAUAUAAUAGUCAUCAAUUAACAUAUAUUUUUAAUUUUUCAAAAUUAGAUAUAAAUAAAACUGCAAAAUCAUUUGGUUUUAAUAAACCACCAAAAGUUGAUUUGGGAAUAUCAGUGAACUUUCGACGAGUAAAAAACUGAUAAUGAUGUCAUUUGUGAUUAUGAUCCCGGAAUUAUCAAAAAUUCUUUAAAAAAGACUAAAAUAUCUAAACUGGAUGUUUAAUAAUUAAUUUAUAAAUUACCAAUAAAAAAUGUAUUCAUUUUUAUAAAUAAAUUUUCAUAAAUAAAUUUUCAAUCUGCAGAUUUUCUUAUGUUAGCUACCAACUGAACAAAAAAAAAAAUAAACCAAAACAAUGCAAAACAAUGUAAGAUAUAGAUAGCGUUGUUUGCGUACACAUGCGCGAUUGGCCACUUUUUUUCAUUGUUUAUUAUUUUAUUUAUUUAUUAACUACUCUUAAUUAUUAUUAAUUUUAAUUAUAUAAUUAAUUUAAAAGUAAAUUUUCACAAUGUUUUCAUUGAAAAUCAUUCCUAAUGUGAUUUCUAUCUGCGCAUGGACUGGCGCAUGUGCACAAAUUCAUUUUUAUUUUAUUUUUUUAAGGGGUUUUUGUACCCUAAAGAUAUAUGGCUAAAAAAUAGUGUGAUUAAUUAAUUAUCAUGAAAAAAUGACAGAAAAUUAUAAAGAAAAUAAUUGUAAAAAAGACAAAGAAAACUUUCAGGUCCAAGUGGACCCUUAAUAAUCUCUAAUUGACGUUAAAGAUUUUCAUAUAAUUUCACUAGAAAUUUUUAUAUAGUACAAUUAAAAAAAGUCAAUUAAAAGUUAUAUUAUAAUUUUUUUGAAUAAUUUAAUAGUAAUAAUAAACCCUUUUCAUUCUCGAAAAUAAAUAAUCAAAUUGUUAAGUACUUGUUUUUACUCAUGCGCCAGGAAUCCAGGAUGUGCGCAGGCGAAGAAUCGAAGAUCACAAAGAAUUUUGUAACUUCAAGAUGGUGAAAGUUUAGUAGUUUUUCAAAUUUUUGUCGUGGUAGCAAUUUCUUUUUUAAUGUUGAUAAUGAUAAAUUAAUAAAUAACAAAUAAUUUAAUUAUAAAAUACCACAAAUCAUUAUCUAACUCAAUCUAACUUUUCUAUUAGCUGAAAGUGGUGUGCUAAUAAUACAAACAACUUUACGUUUGUUUUUCUGGGAUAAGAAUAAUGUAGGGAUACUUAAUUUUUCUUAAUUUUCAACUUCUGUAAUGAAGCGGUUUAUUAUAAACGAAGAAGAGACCGAAAGACUCUUACUCCUGAGGAAUGAUUUCAAUGACAGAAAGUUCAGCUUUUUUUUUUUUUAUUAUCCUCCAAUUAAUUUUAUCUUAUUUAAUAAUAAUAAUAAUAAUA